AUGGACGACUACGGGGUAGAUGACCGCCAUAUGGAUGGUUUGGAGGGAGAUGGGGAUGAUCCUAUGGAACAGCUCAUCCCCAAGGCCAACGACGACACAGACUUGUCUACACCGGGAGGCGAGGCUGAGCCAUUUGCACCAUCUGCAGGGAGAGUGGAGCGUUGGCGGCACUUCAAAAAAAUCAGGACGUUCGCGGGCGACAACGCCACCACGGCCUCCCUGGCGCCGUCCCCGCUCGCCGUCGCCGGCAGCAACUCGUCGUUCGGGAGCGUGGGCGCCCUGGACGACGAGCUCCGGGAGGGCUCGGACGCGGCGUCGCGGUACCUGGGCCGGGUGGAGGGCCUCGUCGUGCAGGCCGACCUGGGGAACCCGGCGGCGGCGUGGACGCUGCUGACCCUCGCCUUCGCCGGCGGGGACUACAACGGGAGCACGCUGGUGCUGGACGGCCGCGUCGACUUCGGCGCCGCCGGCGACAUGGAGCGCGCCGUGGUGGGCGGCACGGGGAGGUUCCGGCGGGCGAGGGGGUACAGCCUCAUGACCAAGUUCGGCAACCCCACGCCCAACACCGGCGUCUUCGAGAUGGACGUCUACGUCACCACCAUGGCCUAG